GAUAAUUUUAACAUAAAAGAAAAUGAGCUGAGAAUCAUUGGACAAAGAAGGUAUUAAGUUCACCAUAGGAACGCUCUAAUGGAUGAAAGGGAAUCUCCUACAAAUGACCAGCAGUUAAAUUUACAAGACUUACUACAUACAGAUACACAGGUGGAAAGGAUCCAAACGUGCUUGCCCUCUUCUCCAGAUGAAAAUGAAAAUCAGUUCAAUAGCAGCAAGCAUGAUACUAUAAAAAGUCAAGACAACACCAUGGGAAGAGUUGAACAGGACAGCAUAAAUAAUAAUGAGGACACUGGAGAGUACACAUCUUUCUGUCAGGAUGAUGAAAGUGAUAAGCCAUCUCAAAGUUUCCCUGCAAAUGAAAUGCUCAUUGUAGAACAAUGUACCUCUGAAAGAAGCAAUCCAAGAAAAACACAAAAAAUCAGCAAGGAAGUUAAGUUGGAGAAGACUGUCAUUGCAGCAGAAACUCAUGCCCAUGAUGAAGAUGAAAGCACAACAAAUGCAAACACUUCCCAGAAGGAUCCAAACCAAACCUUGCAGGCCCUCUUCUCUCUCCUACGAGAGGAAUUUGAGCAGAUGGAUUUGCGAUUGCUGCCCCUGUAUCUCCAUCAGAUUGCUGAAACCUAUUUUCAGAAUGGAGAAUAUGAGAAAGCCAUGAAGUUCGUUCAGCUGGAACGGUUAUAUCAUGAACAAUUACUUGUAAACCUUUCUUCUAUUCAACAGCAGUGGGAAAAAAAAUGGAAAGCAACAGAAUCAAGUGAGGCUCCAAAUCUUAAGAAUUCUGCUAAAGGUCUAAAUAAUGAAGAAUUAGACAAACUAGCUGAACUUUGCACAUCACAUCAAGAGCCGCUUAUGUCCAGAAGCAAGCUCAUAAGUACAGAAAAAUCCUUGAGACAUAAGAGUUUGAUAGGUUUAAUGGUAUCAGAAGAUUUAAAGGAAAAACAUUCUGCUGCAAGCGAUACAGAUACACCAAUUUGGUCUGGCAUUGGGCCAGAGAAAGAGAAUCAUCACGCAGAGAGGGAAAAGAGCAAGAGCUUUCAGUCUAAAAGCCAUCACAUGCUUCAGGAGAGGGUUGGUCAUCGCCUAGCUGUGGAGAAGGACCACAUGGAGGAGGAACAGCAGCACAUUGCUGAAUCAACACAGCAGCCACCUACUCGGCUCACAGAGAAUCUGAGCAUGCCUCGCUCUCACUGUUUAUCAUCUGGGGAAGCUAGUGAAGAUGACAGUCAGUCACCAAGAGAAGAACAGUUCUCUGAGGAUGUGGCAGAAAUAGAAACGGCUACUGAGGAGCUUGCAGCAGAAUGCUCUAGUGGGCCAAUGAUAGAUACAUUUGUUGUGACAGAUGCUGAUGAUCUGUUUUCCACAGAUGAAAAUGUUCUGUCUGAAAGAAACUUACUCAGGUCAAAACAAUGUUAUGGCUAUAUUGUGACUCCCAGCAGCCAGCUGGAAAGCAGCAUACUAAACCAAAAGCAGCAGCAGCCUGAUUAUGGAAGUGAUAAGAAAUCUGACCAGGACAGAAUAUCAGAUAUCAGUGAUGAUGGGAGUGCUGAAAGUAGUGUACCACCUAUACAGGCUUAUGCCACACCUGAAGGAAGACAAGCGGAAGCAAUAGUUCUGGAAGAGAAACACGAAGGACCAGAAGACUUCUUUGACAGGUUUUUAAACGGCUGCCUAAAAGACAGAGAAGCGUCUCUGCAAGGCCAAGGAGACUCUGAAAUUGCUUCACAUAUGCUGUCUGAUCAAGCACUUUACAAUUCAGAUGGUUAUGCUUUGGAUGAAAGCUUUUCUUCACUCGACGAACUUGCAAAACGGAUAGAGAUUGCUGAGACUGUUCCUACAGAAGGGCUUGUAUCCAUAUUAAAGAAAAGAGAUGACACUGAAGGAAAGACUCUUGCCCAAAUCCAGACAAGACAGUCAAAAAGAAGAGUGAGAUUCCAAGAAAUGGAUGAUACAUUAGAUCAAGAGGAAGUUGGAGGUGGCUCGUGCAUUUUGCUGAUCUUACUAUGUAUAGCAACUGUAUUCCUUAGCAUUGGAGGAACAGCACUUUACUGCACAUUUGGCGAUGCAGAAUCUCCAGUAUGUACUGAGUUUGCAACCAAUGUGGACUUUUAUUGUACUCGAAUACUGCAGGGUAUAGAGGAGCUUAAGCACUGGAUAUUUUUCUCAUAGAGAAAGGGGAUAUAAACACCUCAUUGACAAUUACUGAAGAAACAAAUAUUCUUCAGUCUUCUUAUGACAUGGCACCUCCAGAAGAUGAAUUGCAAAUGUUAUAAGGACCUAGAUUCUGCAUAGGAGGCACAUUCCAGUUGUUAGGAAUAUCGAAAUCAUGCUAAAGUCUCAAGAGGCAACAUGAGAAACUGGUAAACAUACUGUCUUAACAUUCGUCUUUUGAGAUGCUGUGAUUACCACCCUACAUUUGGGACAUGAAGAAAAAGGUGAUUGCCUUCCUUACAAUUUCUGAUCUCCACAUAAUCAUAUGCAAUUUGAACGUUUAGUGCAAGACUAUUGAUUUUUCUUUUCAGCUACCUGUGCAAAGAUAUUGUCUCCAGCUAUCAUGCAAUAAGUUCAGACCUUACAGAAAUGUUGGCUUUAAUUCGAUUUAAUUAAUGUAUGUCUUGUUUUUCAUUGUCCUGGUGAGUUGUGUAAUUUGGAGCAGUCCUGCAAAAAUCAGAGCCCUCUAUCUAGACUCUAAAUGUUAGCCGGCCAUGCAUUUCAGAAUAUAGCAACUGCAAUAAGGAAUGCAUUCAUUGUUUUAUGUACAACCUUGGCAAACUUUGAGGAGUUUUUAAACUACAGGUUUUUAAGAUACAGAAUUUUAAAAACAGGUUGUCUACACAUAGAAAAAAAGCUUAUGAAAAGUACCAUCUGCAUUCCUUUAAAAACUGUUGGCUACAUUUCAUAUUUUAUGUUUUAAAUGUACACUAAGAAAUGUAAAGUGUGCAUGUAAUGAACACCAGCAUCUUACUUGUAUACUUGACGAGGAGUCAUCAUUAACUAUACGUCCCCACUGCAAACAUGAGUGAUGAACAAAUUAGGCUAUAGACAUAUCAAAGCUCUUAGUGGUUCUCUUCAGGAUAGUGAUUUCUAUUUGAACAUAUUAUGAAGGAAAGAGAUGAACCCUGAGACAGGGAUGUAACUUACUAGUUCUGUACCUAAAAUGCCUGCCUCAGAAUGGGAAGAAUUAGAAUCUAACUGGUGUUGCUACCCAGACCAAUGGAACAAUCUAUUUAUGCAGUUUCACCAGUAGUUCUUUAUUAUUGUCAAGUCAGGCUUCUGUCUCCUUUGCAAACCAUCAGAAUUUUGUCUUGCUUCCCUUUUAGAUUUUGUUACUCACAGUGGUUAAACUUUUUUUGAACCACUUAAUGUAGGAAUAAAAAGGGACACAAUGAAAAUAAUAAACAAUUGAGAGAACAGAAAUAGGAGCCACUGGAAAUUUCAUACAGUGACAUUGCAUACUAUAAUACUUAUUUUUUAUUGUCUUUGGGUUUGUUAACUUUGAUCUGUUUACCUUCAUGCCAAGAUAAUUUUCAAAGUCAAGUGAGAAACCCCCUGCAUGGAGUGAAAGUCACAACAUGCUCGAAAUCGGGCAUUUAGCUAACACAGGGCACUGGGUUUUCAUUAUUUUUGUGUGCCUUAGAACUUUCCAGCACCAUCCCUGUGUCUGCAAAUAGUACAAAUCAGUAAUCAUGAACCCACAUAUGUUUGGAGCUGUUUGUCUCCAUAAUAGGUACUCUUACUGAGGGUUUCCUCUAAAAGAGUAUAAACAUUGUUUUAGAGAGGAAUGUGCCAUUCUUCUUCUUUACAAAUCCACAGCUCUUAAUAAAGGAUUCCCUGUAAGCAAACCCUUUCAGAAAUAUGUUUAACUAACUUAACUAACCUCUCCUCAAUUUAAAAGUGGUUUGCCAUGUGACACAGAGGGCUUGAUGUUCAAAAAUGCAAAACUUCCAAAACUAGUAGAUUUUAUUAAAUCUUGUAACAUGUCCUAAAGCCAACUUUAACAUUAGAUGAAUGAAAAUUUCCAUAAGCAUUAGUGUGAUGGAUUACAUGCUUGCACUUGCAACUGUGCAAGAAGUUGCACAAUAAAAAUUCAAUUGGAUACUGCUUCUGUGUUAACUCUGAAAAUGUACAGCCACAAACUUGGUGCUACAAAACAAUAGCAUUGGACACUGCCCCAAAUAUUUUAGUUGCAAGUAGAAUUUUUAGACUUAUUUAUUAACCUCAGUUCAGCCGUGAGCAAGCUGUCUACAUCAGUGGUUCUCAUCCUAGGGUCCCCAUAUGUUUUUGGCCUUCUGCUCCCAGAAAUCCUAACAGCUGGUAAACUGGUCUACAUGAAUAUGGUCUACAUGAAUAUGGAAUUGCUUUUUGGGAUGCUUUUGAGCAAAGUUUGUAAAGCAAUUUUGAAAUAACCUAGUGGUCUGCUUAAAGAUAAAAGCCAAUGUCUUACCUGUGCCUAGAUUGGCUCAUACAUCGAAUUAACUUUCCAGGGCUUUAUAUUUUAUAUAAAUAUUUCCAUUUCUUCACCUCCCAGAUCUCUUCAUGAACAAGAAAUGAAAAUGGAUAAAAUCAAUAAAACCAUUGCUUUAAAGAUAUGAAAACAGUUUUUAAAAAACUUUUCUUAAAACAAUCAGAAAAACCACAUUGUUUUAAGGGCUAAGGAAUGGAGCCAGCCUGACUUACUUUGGAGAAAGUGCCACAGCUGAGCUGCCACUAUAGAGAAAGUCCUGACUUGUCUAUUCCUCAAACUGACUGUUUGGGGUGGCUAGAAAAGUAGGACACCAUGAAAUAAUAUAGUCAUCCUCAAGACUUUAGAUAUAACCAAAUAGCUCUCUAGAACUUACAGCUUGCAUUGCACUCGAUGGGCAUAGUUUUUCUCUAUCUACUUUCCAUCAAAUGGGCAUGAUUUUCUCCAUUUUAACAUCUGUUGUCAUCUUUUCUCAGAAUUUAACAAAUCUAAUUCUUCACUCCCUCUUAUGGAAUUCUUAUCUUCAGGAUAUAGCUUUCUUCACCUUAACGUCUUCCAAAAGGGGGGCGGGGAGGGGAGUUCAAAGCUCAUCCAAAAUAUAACUGAACACUCUCAAGAAAUGGCAGUUCAUAGACCAAGCUUCAAAAUGACAGCCCAGUUGGGUUUUGAACUCAUGCAUUAAAGUUCAACUUCAAAGCACCAGCUAAAGUACUCUCUUAAUUAACAAUGGAUAACUAUUGAGAAGGUUGUUUCUGGACUGCAGGUUACAAUACUGCAUAUAUUGACCUAUCCUUCUAAAUUAUGCUAGUGGAACAAUUUUUGGUAUACAUUACAGAUACGGUAUCUGUGAUUUCAUUUUUCCCUGUCCAGGUGUUUCCUAGGCCCUCCUAUGAUAUUCUUGGGCCAGAGGUUCUUCAUUUCAAUAAGGCUUACUAUUGGUUUUGUGUAUCCACAUGAAGUCUAGGAACACAUCCGCUGUGAACAUGAGGAUUGUACUGUACUUCAGGCUAAGGUUAAAAUCCAAAGGCUUCAUUGGCUGUACAAAAAUGUGUCUACAUAGAAGUUGUAUUAUUUUUUGUUUACUUUUCUGCCCCGAAAUUUCCAUAUAGUACUGAAGAUUCCUCCUAAAUCUCCCCAGAAUGUAGGAAGUAGUUUUGGUGAAGAGGAAAUAGAUUUUUCAAUCAAAGAUUUUCCCCUUGUGGCUCUAAGGAUUUGUGUACUGUCUGAGCAAGACUUAUGCAGGGAUUAAUUGGGAUUUUUAUGUUUUGUCUCUUAAGAAAAAAUCUGCAAUGUCUACAGUUUCCUAUGUGCACUUCAAAAGACUAUAUGCUACGUUAUAGCAGUGUUUAAGCUCCUUCAGUAGGGAGGUUUGAGUUUUAAAAUGGUACUGGCUGGUUCAGUACAUCACUUUUGUCUAGUCACAUUGAAUUGCUUGACCUAUAAAAGGGUUUUCUUAUUUUUGUUUUGUAUUUUUAUGAUGGAAUGUUGAUAAGCAUGUAUUCAGUAGCUAUAAUGUAUUUAUAAUUUCUCUGUAGUUAGUAUAUAUUUGGGAUUAUGUAAUUUUCAGUGUGGUGUUCUCUUGAAUGUUAAAUUAAUAUUCAGAAUAACAAUAGUUUUCACCCCUGUUUUAAAUGUUUGUGCACCUGAUCACCAAAAAUAUUGAGAGAUAUAACUUGAAAAUGUUUAUUUUAAAAUUAUUCCAUGUACAGAUAUUUUUAAAAGGCGAAUACUGAAAUUCCUUUUUUGGCAUUUUAAAAUUAUUUUUAUUGCACAUUUUAAAAGAAGUGGAAAACAAUUUUAAAAUUAUAUUUUGCGCUAUGGUUUUUAAAUAAUAGUUUUAUUUCCAAUAAUGGCAGUUAAACAAAUGGAAAUGAUAGCCCUCAAUUAAGAACAGUCCCUGUAACACCAGGCUCUAAUGAACACACAUUAUAGCAAUUGUUGGGUUAAAUUCAGUUUUUAGUGCCAACUAGAUGAGACUUUCUGAAUGAGUGGGACAUACAAUAUAUUUGUUGAUUUAACUAGCCCCCAUUCAUUCAGUGAAUGAAUACUCAUUCAGUACUCUCAUUAGAACAAAAAUUGUAUUGAGCCCUCUAUUUCUGCUUUUGGGUUUUUGAUAUGGAAAUCUUAUUCCUGUAUCCCGCAAGUAGGGUUGGCCAGAGGAUCCAUAUCAUAGCUCCCAUAUUUCCCUUGGGAGAAGCCAAUGGCAAGCAAAGGGGAGGGAAGAUGGUGUUCAGAGCUGGUGUAGUUUGGGAGCACGUUUAUGGUUUAACACCCAACAAAAUCAGUCUAGAAAUCUUGGGCAUGUUUGCAUGUCUUGCUUUAUCAAUCUGUGAUGCUGAUAGCUAGAUACCCUGUUUAUAUAAUGGAUUAAACAUUGGUACUAAUUCUUUUUUUGGAAUGUGAAUUCACAUGCUUUGCAGUGACAUUUUACAAAUGGUUGGCUGUAUAAUACAAAGUUGCUUUCCCUGUCUUCUUCAAAUAUUGUUAAAAUCUUGUCUACAUAGUAUCUUCGACCAUGAUUCUACAUUUUAUUUAAAUUCAGCAAAAUUAAAACAGAAUGCUUGUGUGUAAACCUGUGCAGGAUCUAAAUCUAAAUGUCGCGCCAAGCUAGAAUAAAAGAAUAAAUAUACGUAAUACAUUUCUGUUUCAAAAUGCUAUAUAAAAUAUCAUGGCAAGCAACACUUCAAAUUACUGUAAAACAGAGAAGUGAGAAAGCAGAGAACAUUUUUUUCUGUUUCAUUAUAAUUCAUUUGUGGAAAAGUCUUUAUGCCACUUUGCAGUUGUUUCUUCCCCAUAGGUAUUUCGGGUAACAUUAUCAUAAGUUGGACAGAAUGGAAAGCUAUAACAGUACAAUUCUUUUCUUUGAAAUCAUGUGAAAUCAUAUGGUGUGGAGAACUUUUAUUAAUGUACAAAAAUAAUUGGCUGUUUAAAAAAAUUGGAUUCUACUUAUACAGCACAUUCUUUCUAAUCACUGCCGAUGACAUUACUAAUCUUUCAACAUAUGGAUGUGGAUAAAUUACUGCCAACAAUGGGAAUAUUUUAAACUUAUGCUUUUUCGGCAAUGGACAGGUAAAAAUUCUAAAGCCAGAUAAAGCAUAAAGUUGCAUUUUGUGAGCAUGGCUAACUCACAUACUCCUAAAAGUUUAAUAAAAGGGCUGUUACAUAAGAAAAUAUUGUCAUUUUUGUUCUUCUAUAAUGUAACCUACAGACAGUUCAAAGUUGUUAUCUGUGAUAAAUCUCACCUUAGCUACUGAUGGCAAAGGGAGGAAAUUACUGUUUGAAAACAUCAAUAAAGAUUGUAAUGUCUGAACAUAAAAACAAAAAUAAAGUAUCCCUGAAAAAAUG